AUGUUGCCCUUAGUGCAGACGCACCCUCGCGUGGUGCCAAUCAAUUUCGACGCCUUUGGGGAAUCCACGGGCCACGGCGCCAGGCCCGAGUCUGAGAGACGAGCCAUCGCGUCACCCUACCACCGCUCCUCACAGCCAUACCUUGGCUCGGCCACCUCUUCCUCUUCCUCUCAGGGCUCACGAGACUACGACUACCACCUGCGCCGCAAGACUCCUCGGGGCACCAUCGACGCAGGAUAUGAUGGAUCGCCGACGCAGCUGUCGCCUGGCCCGCCGCCACUCAAGCAAGUGAUCCUUCCGACGCCCUCGGGCAUAUACCCGUAUCUACCUCCGAAUAAUUUACCCUUCCACGCCAAGUCCCGUCUCCUGGAACAUAAUCAGAGAAGUCUGGGGCAGCCCCAUCUGGCAUCGCCGUGGCCCUUGAGCAAUGAGAGGUCCAACUUUGUUCUUUCCAGCGGCUCCUCAAUGCCCCUCCAGCCAGUGCUCCCUUGGCAACCAUAUGGAUACCCCAUGUUCAACCAGAUCCCAGAUGCCUAUCAACCACUUAUGAGGGCGGCAGAGUACAAUGUGCGCGCCUUUUGUCCGCCCCCAGCCUCGACGACCGACACCGCGACCUUUGAUCAAUUUGGCUGGCAGUUGGGUGCCUCGCAGCGAAGCUAUGGCCAUCUUGACACCCCUCAACACUUUGAUCAGAGGAGUGUGCCAUCCGGCCUUUCGGGGAGCUUUUUGCACCAUGUUUCAGAUGCUCAGCUACCUUAUAGACCUACAGCGGACUUGAAAGUCGGUUUCAAUAUCCCACAGCCCCCACAACCAUUGCUACAGGGGGGUUAUAUGGGCCAGAGCGCAAUCGUAGAAAAUCUUCCCAUCAACGAACAAUAUGCUGUUCAGCCGAGUUUUACGGAAAAGGCCUAUUCGCAGGCUCAAGAACAUUAUGUUGAAUUGCUGGCGUACCUGCAAACUGCCAAGAGGUUCGACCAGAUGAGUGGUGGCGGCACUUCCAACCCAAGGUUCAAGAUCCUGGUGUUUCCAAGGCCCCCAAAGGCUAGAAAAGAAUAUCUUGGUGCCGUGCGGGAUGCGUAUCGUAGUGUUGAGCGACCCAUUUCUUCGACAAUCAUGCCGAAUAGCCACCCCCGGGCUCUUACAUCCAAUAUUGAGGAUACCUUGAGCAACAACACCAGACAACAGACCGGGCAAGACGCCCAUGUGAAAGGUCACCGGCCUGGCACGUCGGUAUCGCAAUUCCACGCUUCACCUGCUGCGUAUGCCGCGUCAUCUUCACUUGGUACACUUGGUCCUGCUGCCAUGGCGAAAGCGCUACCCAUUCUGAAUGCAAAAAACUCGUUGGAUAUUUUGAAGAACUUGUGUGAACAAAGUAAUUGGAAAUGGAUUGAUGGGAUUUUACUCGGUGGGUGUCUCUUAUAUGGCCUGUCGCGGUUCGAUGAUGCUGUGGAAUGGUUCUCCAGAGUUCUUGCUCUAGAUUCAAGCCAUGUUGAGGCUAUCACAAACAUAGCCGCAACGCUCUAUUGCCUCAACCGUCAAGAAGAAGCUGAGCAGCAUUGGUUAAAGGCUAUCAAGCUAUGCCCUGCUCAUUUAGAAGCUACGGAACAGCUCGUUGGAUUGCUGUACAAAAAACGUAGCCGAGACGCCAUCGAUAUCAUCUGCUUCGUGCAGCAAGCGUUGAAAUUAUCCAAAGAAAAAUCCACCCGGUCUGCCUACCCUCCCCGUGGCGUUCGCUCCGUAUCUUCCGAUGACUAUUCUCACAGCCAACAAUCAACUGCUGCGCGUUAUGAUUUUGAACCCGAGACUGCUCCCCUAACAGGUGACCGCAUCGCGGGGGGUCCUGAAUCCGGGUCUAGCGGAUAUGCGCUCCCUAACAGCGAGAAUGGCAGGAUUCUAGCACUGGUUCACGCCAAAGGCACAAUACUCUAUGGCUUGAAGGAUAUUGAAAGAGCCUCAGAGGCAUUUGAAGAAGCCGUGCUGAUCAGUGUCGGGGAGCGCAUAAAAAGCGUUCAAGAGUUGGUAAAUCGAAUCCAUGCUGUGCUUUCGCCGGCAGGCUCAUUCCCGACUGGCAACAGCCAAAAACAAGUUUCUCGGCGACCCCUUUUACUACCUCCGGAAAGGGCUCGUCAAACUGCUCGUCUUGUCUUUGCGGCUGGCGGCGGAGGCAGCGAACUGCCUGGACUGGCAUUCGUUCCCGAAGGUGCCGCCAGGCGAGUCGCCGUGCAGACGACGAGCAAUGCUCUGCUUUCUCUGGCCAAGAUUUUUCAGGACGCCAUGUCUGGCGGGGGGGUUGUUCCCACUCUGCUCAGGCAACCCUCAGGGAUCGGUGACAUCUUGGCGUUGUAUUAUCUAUCUCUUUCGCUCCAAGAAAGUCCCUCUACCGCGAACAAUAUCGGGAUCCUCCUCGCGGGCGUACAGCAGCAAAUGGCUCCAAACAAUGCUAAUACUUCAACAGCAGCGACUUCUCGACCUACUUUGCCUGGUGUUGUGCCAGGCAGUGGUCUUUCUCUCGCUUUGGCGUACUACAAUUACGGGCUUCGUCUUGAUCCCAGACAUGUUCACCUGCACACCAACCUGGGGAGCCUCCUCAAAGACGUUGGGCAGUUGGACCUGGCAAUCCAAAUGUAUGAGCGAGCGGUCUCAUGCGAUAGGACCUUUGAUAUUGCCUUGACCAACCUAGCCAAUGCAGUAAAAGACAAGGGCCGUAUAAAAGAGGCUAUUGGUUACUACAGACGAGCGGUGGAAGCGAAUCCAGAAUUCGCCGAAGCCGUCUGCGGACUCUUAACAGCACUUAACUCUGUAUGCGAUUGGCGUGGCAGAGGUGGAGCGCUUCUCGAAUUGGGCAAAUACGACCGAUGGCACGUCGACGAUAAAGGCACCUUGGUGGACGUGCAGACGGCCAUGCAUGGGAGCGGCCUUACACAACGAGUGAUUGGCAUAAUAAGUCAGCAGCUAGGUGACGCAUCGCAAUGGGGCUGCGGCGUUCUACAACCGCCAACUAUUCAUGCGUUGGCGAGACAGCUGGGUGACUUCUGUCGCCCGCGUGCAUUCACCUUGGAGGAUGCAAUAAGUGUUUGGGCUGGCGAGCCGUGGGAAGGCUCACGCCUGGUGCGCCUCGUGGAACGGGCUACAAGAGUCAUCAUGUGGACCUGGUAUCAUGACAAGUACAUUACGAUGAGGGAGGUUACGCCUUCACGCUAUCUACGACCUCAGCUGCCUCCCAAUCUUACCAUUCCCUCCGCGCCAACUGUGCUUCCUUUCCACACUUUCACGUACCCGCUAUCUGCCAAAGACAUUCGAUCGAUUUCUCAGCGCAAUGCAAUGCGAAUAUCCUGCUCAACUCUUCGAGCCCCUUGGCUGCCGGCUACUGUCUAUCCUCCGCCGCCUCCGCCAAACCCCCAUUUGAAUGUCGGAUAUGUGUCGUCAGACUUUAAUAACCACCCACUGGCUCAUCUAAUGCAAUCGGUGUUUGGAUUUCACAAUCCUCGACGUGCUCGGGCUUUUUGUUAUGCCACAACCCCCAGUGACAGAUCUAUCCAUCGACAACAAAUUGAAAGAGAGGCACCCGUGUUUCGUGACGUUAGUUCUUGGCCAGCAGAUAAACUUAUCGAACAGAUCAUUCGCGAUGAGAUCCACAUCUUGGUUAAUCUUAAUGGCUACACGAGAGGUGCUCGCAAUGAAAUUUUUGCUGCCCGCCCAGCCCCGAUCCAGAUGUCCUUUAUGGGAUUCGCGGGAACGCUUGGUGCCGAGUGGUGCGAUUACCUACUCGCCGACACAACCGCUAUCCCACCAAGCACUUUGCGUCCCUGGAGGAUGAAUACUAACAUCAACGAUGUAUUUCACGACAACAAUGAGACCGAUGAACUCCAGUGGAUGUACUCGGAGAAUAUCAUAUUCUGCCGUGACACUUUUUUCUGCUGUGACCAUGCACAGUCGUCUGAUGCCGAUGAACGUGGCAUGACGUGGGAGGAUGAAGAGAAACGCCGGUGGAAGAUGCGCAAGGAGCUAUUUCCCACAAUAGCAGACGAUGUCAUUAUAUUAGGCAACUUCAAUCAACUCUACAAGAUUGAUCCUACUACCUUCCGGUCUUGGCUACGAAUCUUGGCCAGAACCCCCAAGGCCAUACUCUGGCUGCUACGAUUCCCUGAACUGGGAGAGACCAACCUGCGACAAACAGCUGAAUCCUGGGCUGGUGCAGAGGUUGCCAGUCGGCUCAUCUUUACUGAUGUAGCUCCAAAGAGCCAGCACAUCACCAGAGCUAGAGUAUGCGACCUGUUUCUCGAUACUGCAGAAUGCAACGCUCAUACGACCGCUGCCGAUGUCCUGUGGUCAAGCACACCUCUUCUCACCUUGCCCCGAUAUUCAUACAAGAUGUGCUCCCGAAUGGCAGCAUCCAUCUUCCGAGGAGCGUUGCCCAAAACGGCAGAGGGUCGGCAAGCAGCAGAGGAGUUGAUUGCGGAUAGUGAAACGGAAUACGAGGAUUCAGCCACACAAUUGGCUGGAGGACUAAGCUAUGUGAUAACAGACGAAGGAUAUGGCCGGGGUACGGGGCGUCUGGCGGACUUACGGAAAUUGCUAUGGGACAGCAAAUGGGAGUGCGGACUCUUCGACACGCGCCGGUGGGUAACUGACUUGGAAAUGGCUUACGAGGAGGCAUGGCGGCGAUGGGUUGCGGGUAAGGGCGGUGACAUAUACUUGUGA